AUGAAAGUCAGACAGCCAUCCUCAAAUGUACAGUGGACACUAAUCCGCCGCCUGCACAUGUAUGUCACGUGGUCUAAGCAGAACUCAUCUCUUCCGGUGGGACGUCACGUGGUAGAGUCCAGUGGUGCUCUGAUUGUAAAUAAUGUUAGACCAGAAGACGAAGGAUUUUACAGCUGCAGGGGUGAGAAUUUGCUAGGAAGCGUCAACGCUACAGCGAAACUAACUGUUCACUGUGAGUUUUGUUUAUUUUAAAUCAAGUUUUUGAGUUCUUCUUAGUUUCCAGAUCUUAAUAAUUUUUUUUAGGCACGCCUCACUUACUACAGGAAAACCGUAUUCCGCAGGGGCCGCUUGUUGAUAGCGUGAUUCAGUAUUACCGCUAGAAGCCUGAUCAUCACGAGUUCGAGUCUUGGUUCUUUAUUGUGUUGUAUACGUAUUACUCAAUAACGAACGCUACGGAAUGCAUGCCGUAGAUAACAAAGCACUAUGGAUUAAAAGGGCAAUUAGCGACCAUACCAUUUAAGGGGGAGUGCUUAGCUUGAAGACCCAAUUGCAUCGAACUGUAGUAUACCGUGGGUUAAAGACCAGCAGUGUCAGAGCAGCGUCAUACCAAAUCUUGAGAUCACAUAUUUAAUACUGAAUGUCUAUUGAAAUGUAAACAGAUUUUUAUGUUUCCUUUUAGAUGCUCCCAAAACUUUCUUGUCGUCCAAAAGAUUAAUGGCGGAAGAGAAACAAAACGUUACCAUCGCCUGCACUGCUAGCGGUCAGCCGCAACCUAGAAUCACGUGGUCUAAAUCAUUUGGUUGUUUGCCCAAAGACAGAGCUGAGGUGGUUAAUGGUACCCUGAAACUUUACAAUGUGGCAAAAACAGACGGUGGAACAUACCUGUGUAACACAAAGAAUAUAAUGGGGUCAAAAACAGAUACUGUUCAACUGACAAUAUUUUCUCCACUGCGGUUCAAAGUUCGUCCUCCCCAAGAAUUGACCCCAAUGAUAGAUUUAGCUACAGUCCCUCUGCCGUGUUUAGCUGAAAGUGAUCUCAAAACUAUAAUUACAUGGACAAAGGACGGAAAAUCUUCACUUCCUGUCGACUCUGACGUAUUGCAGAACGGUACACUGAUUCUCCGGAACAUCAAGAAAUCACACGAGAGUUCUUACACCUGUAAAGCGACUAACGCCUUGACGACAGUAGAAACUAAAGUGAAGAUUAGUGUUCAAGUUUCAACACCUUCCUGUUCGAUGAUAAAGAAAUACGUCAGCAGUAAAAGUGGUAAUUACGUCAUAGAUCCAGAUGGUGAAGGAGGUCUGGCACCUUUUACAGCUUUCUGUGACAUGACUGACAAGAGUGGUGUUGGCGUGACAGUGAUCAGUCACGACAGUGAAAGCAGAACAUAUGUGCAUCAGGUCAGUGGUUGGGGCGCUCAAGGUAGUUACUCGCGUGACAUUCACUACUCAGGAGCGAGUCUCUCUCAGCUUGCGAGUCUCACCAGAGUCUCUUCACACUGUGAACAGUUUAUCAAAUAUGAGUGUCAGGGAUCGGUAUUGCUUUUCAACGGCAAUCCACAUGGAUGGUGGGUGUCUCUUGACUCUCAAACGAUGAGGUACUGGGGCGGAGCAUCUGCCAAUGAUAAAUGCGCAUGCGGAAUGACCAACUCAUGUCCAGACCCCAGCUUUGGUUGUAACUGUGAUAAAAACGACUUUGUGUGGCGUGAAGACAUCGGUCUUCUCACUGAUAAGACCAAGCUUCCAGUUAAACAGCUAAGGUUUGGAGAUAUUAAUAACAAUAGACAGGUUGGUUACCACACUCUAGGGAAGUUGAAGUGUUAUGGCAUAGUUUAA